GUAACACCGCUCAGCAGUGUGACUGUGUGUGAGAAAAGUGCUCUAGUGACAGAGGAAGAGAGAGCAAAAGUGAGAGAGAGGGCGCGAGAAAGAGAGAUAAGCAUGUAAGAGAAAGCUGGGGAGGAUCUACUCGUUCGUAGCAAACCUAAAAACCUUAAAAGCAUACUGUAACUUUGCAUGGAAGAAGUGGAAGUGGAAUUCAUUUUUGGAGGUCAUGAAUAACACCUCUGUAUCUCCAAACGAGUGUCAAAAUGACACGCAGCCUAACACUGGCGAACCACAGAUGGUGCUGUUGGGCACACUCAUGUCCGUUCUUGUGCUGGCCAUCGUCUUUGGCAAUGUGUUGGUGAUUACAGCCAUUGGCCGCUUCCAAAGACUUCAGACCGUCACAAAUUGUUUUAUUACAUCACUUGCGUGUGCAGACCUGGUCAUGGGAUUGGUGGUGGUACCUUUUGGUGCCAUUUACAUCAUCCUGGGUACUUGGCACUUCGGCAGAUUCUGGUGUAAUUUUUGGACGGCCACUGAUGUUCUGUGCGUCACGGCCAGUAUUGAGACGCUUUGUGUCAUCGCUCUGGAUCGUUACCUCGCCAUAACAUCCCCCUUCCGCUACCAGUCCUUACUGACCAAAGGCAGAGCUCGCAUCGUUGUGCUGCUGGUGUGGAUCAUUGCCGGGCUCAUUUCCUUCCCACCCAUCUAUAUGGAUGUGUGGAUUUCCGAUAGCGAAAAAGCAAAAAGCUGCUUAAACAAUGUCUGUUGCUGUGAAUUCCAUACCAAUACCCCCUAUGCCAUCCUCUCAUCAAUAAUCUCGUUCUACUUCCCCCUGGUCAUCAUGAUUUUUGUCUACAGCCGUGUCUUCCAAGAGGCAAAGAAGCAGCUGAAGAAGAUAUACAAAGUUGAGGGACGAUUUUAUGCUCAGAACAACGGCAAAAUGCAAGAGGAGGCAAGCAGCCACUGCGAAGCAAGGACCGCCAAGAAGCCCAAGUUCUGUCUUAAGGAACAUAAGGCUUUGAAGACUUUGGGCAUCAUUAUGGGUAUAUUCACGCUGUGUUGGCUUCCGUUCUUUGUACUAAAUGUGGUAAUGAACACAAAUGACAUUGAAUUGGAUAUUGCAUUCAAAAUCUUAAACUGGAUAGGCUACGCAAACUCAGCCUUUAACCCAAUGAUCUACUGUAGAAGUCCAGAGUUUAGGUACGCUUUCAAGGACAUCCUAUGCCUUAACAGGUCACAUUACCCUAAUGUUAGGCCAGUCAAUGGAUAUGUAUACAGUGGGCACAGCUGGCAAAGUGAGCACCGAGGACGAAGCAAAGGCAGCUCAGAGGACAGUGACCCAACUGAGAAAGAGAAACGCAUAACAGCAGAUAAAACAGACUCUAAUGGGAACUGCAGUAAAAUGAAUGCGUUGUAAAUCAACAAGUGAGUUUUGACUUGUUCCAGUGUGACCUCUGUGUCAGGUUAAGCCUUCUCUGGUAAGUGACCAAUGCUGGGUGUUUGUUGAAAAAAGGGACAUUUGUUUUCCUCAUUUACCUCAUCGCUUUCUCUUAUCUCGUUCUCUUAGGUUAACCUUUUAUCAAUUCAGUUUUAAGUGAAAUGCUCAAGGAGAUUUGACAGCAAUGAAAAAAAAGAUAGUUUGAAGUGGUUUUGAGGUAAAGGGACUUCCCUCCUGAGUCAUGUUUCUGUCAUCUUGCAUAAAGGAAGUGAGUUUCAGUUUUAAAUAAUGUUUUCUUGCAUUAGGUUAACAGAUUAAAACAGGUAGCAUUAAAACUGAAGCAUUUUCCUUCAGUUAUUCGGGCUCACAUACUGUAUGCACAAAGAAACAAGCAUUACUUCACAUAAAGUAUCAGAUUUACUCCUCCAAAUUAGGCCAUUUCUGAUGAUACAUAGAAAAAAUACACUUCAUAAAAAGUCUUACACCAGCCACAGUUCUGUUCUAACUAGUCUUAAAUACAUUUAAAAAUGUCUUGGUUAAAUUUUUUAUUUUUUUUUUAACUCGGUACAGAAACAACACCUCUUACCACAAUGAAAGAGGAAGAGAAACUACAUGUCCAUACUAGCUUGUUUAAGGAAAUUGCUUAAUUAUAUAGUUCAGCCAUUUGAUCAUAUGCUUAAGCUGAGUAUCCUUAGAAAUCAACAGAAACAAACCAUUGUAUGCUAAUGCACAAUAUCGCAUUUUCACAACGUAAACAAAUUCUCUAUCUCUUGCUUAAAGUGUGUAAGAUAACAGAACUUCUCUGGUGGCAUGUUUUAAUCUGCGUUAUAUCAUUUCAUUUCCCUCAGCAGUCCUGAAUGCUGCCAAAUCAAAAUUAUUUACCCUAGGAAUGCUCUUAACAUUUCCCAGUACAAAUGGGCAAAGUCCAUCAAGCUUCUGUGUAAAUCCCUGAGAUUCAAUGUUUAUCAAAGUCAUUAUGUGACUCCCUCUCAAAAAAAAAACAUUAUCUAGAAAGAUAAAUAAAUUAGGAGGCUUCGAGUUUCCUGUCAGGUUCAGCUAAUGCAUGCAGUGCAAAGAAUACAGCAAUUUCCCUGUUCCUCGCUCACUCAUAUUUCUGACCUAGGCGUUUAAUCUAAUGUUCCAUGCAUAUCAUAAACUGCGUAAGUGGUAAAACGUUUCAAUACUUGUCAGUGUUUGUGAACUAUUAAUUUAGGGCAAGUGUCUCUGUUACUGUGCAGCCUGUUUAUGCGGUCGAAAACUGUGAACUUUGCUCUUUAGAAUAUCUCUUAGUAUAAGUUGUGGCUUUUUGUGGUCUUGAUCGAUUUUAUGUGCAAAACAAAAUGCUUUGAGCAUUUCAAACAUUUCUACCCGUUUACUUUUUAUGGAUACAAUGUGGUGAUAAAAAUAUUUCUGUUUCACUGAAGCAUUACAUCAAAGUGCAAUUUAAAAUCAGCUUCUUAAAAGGGUGCACCAUAAAUCUGUCCAAGAUUUUAUAUUGGAACCAUAAAUCAAAGAUUGUUUAUGUACCUGUAAAAAAAACUGUAGAGAUUAAAAAAACGCUCUGUCACUGUAAACACUGGACUACCAAGCAACAACAUGCAUGUCCUUUUUCAGUAAACGAAAGUGACUGUGACGGCUUGGACAGAUUUGUUAACACUGCACCCUUCUGGGAACAAUUUUCUCUGCAUGUAGAUCACAGUAACCUCCUGUGUGAAACUCUGACCUAGACCACCUUGUGCUAAUGAAAUAUUUGUGCAAUCUUUGCUUUGAUUGUGGCAAUGUGAUUUACUGUUGUGUUAGAAUUUUAUAUUAAUGCUGCCUUUUCUGUGGACAUGCUUAACCUGUUGAGUGAAGUGUUUACAUUCAUUAAUGUCUUUCAUGGGUCACAAAUUAUUGGCAUGCAAAUUGCCAAGAAUUGCACUUUCAUUUUAGUAAUUAAGCAAUGCUCUGGAGUUAAUGUCACGCUACAGACAUCAUAUUGAUGUCACCUUCAGCAUUUAAUGUGCACUAAGUAUUUUUUUCAACUGCAAAUUUAACAAAUUCAUACAGACAUUUUAUUGUACGCAAGGGACGUCUCCUUUUAAGUUGGCCACCAUUUUGAAAUCACAUGCCCAGCCAAAUACUACUUAUUUUAUCUUGAUAACCACCUCUUAUUGGACACUUUUAGUCAAAUAAUAAAUGAACCAUGAAUAACACAAGUGGCUCUGUAAAGGGGAUUUAUGCUUAUAUAUGCUUUUGCAUAAAGCUGCAUCGAUGCAAACAGGUGUUCAGUGUCAUACUGGCCAGUUAAAUAUAAACCAAAAAAUUACUUAGUGCGCAUUAUAGUCCAUCAUCUGUGUCUGUACAGUUGAAAAGGGAACAAGGUAUUUCAUAGUCUCGUUUUGUUCUUAAAAUGUUCUGUUUGAAACAGUUUGAAAUGGCUACUUUGGAAAGCAUACUUUGCACGGAAGGAGAUUAAUGGUCACAUUUGUAAGUACAGACGCAGUGUGGACAGCCUCUUACUGAUGCAUGAAGAUGUGAUUAAAAAUGCCCUGAAUAUUGCUUUAAUGAUAUAAGAGCGGAUUUCAAAUUCAUAAUGCAAAUGAACACACGGUAGGCAAAAGUUCAAAAACGCUUCUCACCCAACAAUUCAUGACAUGUGUGGUGUAUAUAAUGUUGUUCCAGUUUGAUGUUUACUUACAUUUCUUUGAGCUACUUUCGCACAAGAUUUAUCACUGUUUUGUUGAACUACAGUGAAGUACGUUCAACCAUAUUUGUCUAUAUUAAUGGUAUUUAUGAAAUACAAGUGUCAUGCCAUUUGUAUUCUGUAAUAAAUGAUGUAUUUAAUGUA